AUGUCUGCAUUAACACAAUUCUUUUAUAGAGCUCCAAAAGCUGUUGGUCUUAUACAAGGUGCACCAUCUUAUGAAGAUAUAACAAUCCAACAACCAACAAGUGAAGAUAUCCGUGUCUCUCAAUACUCUUCAAAUGGUAAAUAUUUCGCAUUCACCCAACCAUCUUUUGUCACAAUCGUAAAUCCAGAUGAUGGUUCAGUUGUGAAUAAACUUGAAUUAAAAGAUGUUUUUGAUUUACAAUUUUCUCCAAAUGGUUCAUAUUUGUGUACUUGGGAAAAACCAGUGAAACAAGAAGAUGGUAAUUAUCAUAAUAAUGUUAAGAUCUUCACUUCUGUUGACGGGAAAUUAUUUGGUGAAUAUAGUGCUAAAGAUCAAAGCGGUUGGAAGCCAGAUUUCACUGCAAAUGAAGAAUUAAUUGCAAGACAAUCUAAAAAUGAAAUCAAAUUUUAUGAAGUUAACGCUGAAUUGAAUUUUAAUAAACCAGCUUGGUCAUCUUUAAAAGUUGAAAAUUUACAAAAUUUCAAAUUAUCACCUGGUAAAAAUCCAAAAAUUGCAAUUUUCGUCCCAGAAAAAUCUGGUAAGCCUGCUUGUGUUAGUGUCUUCAACAUAACAACUUCAAUGACCCAACCAGUUUCAACCAAAAGUUUCUUCAAAGCUGAAAGAUGUUCUUUAAAAUGGAAUAGUUUAGGUACUGCAUUAUUAGCAUUAGCCUCUACAGAUGUUGAUGCUUCAAACAAAUCUUAUUAUGGUGAAACCACUCUAUAUUUAUUAGGUAUUGCAGGCUCUUAUGAUUCAAGAAUUACCUUGGAUAAAGAUGGUCCAAUUCAUGAUAUUACUUGGUCUCCUUCCGCUAGAGAAUUUGGUGUCGUGUAUGGUUAUAUGCCUGCAAAGACUACGAUUUUUGAUGCAAGAGGUAAUACUAUUCAUUCAUUGCCUCCAGCCCCAAAAAACACUAUCUUGUUCUCUCCUCAUGCCAGAUAUAUUUUGGUUGCGGGUUUUGGUAAUUUACAAGGUACAGUUGAUGUUUAUGAUCGUCAACAAAAAUUCACAAAAAUCUCAUCUUUUGAAGCUUCAAACACUUCUGUUUGUCAAUGGUCUCCAGAUGGACGUUACAUCUUGACAGCUACAACUUCACCAAGAUUAAGAGUUGAUAAUGGUGUUAAAGUUUGGUAUGCCACUGGUAAAUUAAUUUUCAACAAAGAUUUCAAAGAAGUUUAUUCAGUUGAUUGGAGACCUCGUGAAUUAGAAUUAUUCCCACCUUUAAAAAAAUUAGAUGAUGAUCCUCAACCAACUCAAAGUGCAUUGGAUUAUCAAGAAAAGCAUUCAAAAGCUACACCAGGUGAAACCACAAAACCAAAAGGUGCUUAUAGACCUCCACAUCAAAGAAACGGUAACGCUAACUCAUCUGCUCCACAAUCUUUAUAUCAAAGAGAAUUGGGUGCUAAUUUAUCUCAAGGUUCUUUCCAACCAAGAACAAGAGAAAGAACAGUCCCAGGUGCUCCAAAACCGGUUGAAAAAGAAAGUAAAUCAGCUGCAAAGAACCGUAAGAAGAGAGAAAAUAAGAAAGUUUCAGAAAAUAGCACACCAGAACCUUCACCUGCUCCAGUAGAACCAAAAUCUGAACCAUUAAUAGCUGGUGGUGUUCAAAGUCUUGAAGAGAAAAAAAUCAGAGGUUUGUUGAAGAAAUUAAGAGCUAUUGAAGCACUAAAGAUGAAGCAAGCAAAUGGUGAGACUUUAGAAGAUACACAAGUGCUUAAAAUACAAACAGAAGAUAAAAUUAGAGCUGAUUUAAGUUCAUUAGGUUGGAAUGAAUGA